UCCUGUCUUGAAAAACACGCGGGAGUGACGUCAGAGCAAGAGGGUUUUUGUUUCUUUUUUGUGUUUUGCUUUAUUUGUGCACAGAAUGUCCGAAAAGAUCACCAAGGUGAUGCAGUGGCUCAAGAAAGUGUUCGGGGAGCAGACGAUUCCGGAGUUUGAGGUGAACACGAGGAGCGUGGAUGUGCUGUACCAGCUGGCAGAGAGCAGUGAGGCGCGGUGCGGCGAGGUCGCCCUGCUGCUGGAGGACUACCGGCAGAAAGCAGCCGAGUACCAGGCCGAGGGGUGUCAUACUAAGGAGGUGCUUUUACAAGGAGUGGGCUUGUCCUCGGGGAGUUUGUCAAAACCAGCCUCAGACUACUUGAUUGCCUUAAAAGCCUGUGCCAUGGCCCUUAAAGUGAGGGACACUUCCCUGAUAAGCUUUGUAUCAGCCAUCAAUGAUCUGAGCAGUGGGCUUCUGGAAGCAGAGAAAAAGGACAGGGAAAUGGAGAGGGAGCUCACCACCUUGAGAAGGAAACUGGGAGCCACCCUAAUGCUGCGAAAGACCUUGCAAGAUGACUUGAACAAAAUCCUGAAAAUCCAGGAGGUGGAGAAGGCCAAAGCUGAAGAAAGACUCUUGAACAUGGACUUCAUCAAAGCAAAAUCUAGAGACUUUUCAUUUACAAUAAAGAUGGCAGAGGAACAGAUGGCUUCAAGGAAAAUGGAACCUCGCUUAACACAUCAGGCCAUACUGGAUAUCUCAGCGGAAAUUGAAAAAUUAAAGCAAGAGAUAUUGCCAAUUACAAAGAAGUUGAAAUCUUAUAAAGACUUAACACCUAGCCCAUCCCUUGCACAAGUGAAAGUUGAAGAGGCAAAAAGAGAACUGGCGGCAAUCGAUGCUGAACUAGAAAUGAAGGUGGACAUCAUGAACAUAACAAUGCCCAAACAGCACGGAGGACCACUGAAAUGACCAAAUGUACUAUUAGUUGGUUUGUGUAUUGUAAUAAUAAAAUGCUGAAUG